GCUAGGGAGGAGGUAGGGGCCCGGCCCAGCCGAGGAGUCCGACCGAGGUCCGGGACUGGGACAUCCAAGCGGGCGGUGCUGGUGGCCCAGAGCGGUCGGAAACGCAGCGACCCGGCUGGCACCGCGGCCCUCGGAGCUCCCCCGAGCCCUCGGAGCGUCGGGGCCGUAUCUCCGCCUGCCAUGGCCUCCGCCACCGGCCUGCGGGCCUUCCUGGCCAAGGGGCCCGGCUGGCUCCGGCGCAGCCCGUGGGCUCCGCUCGCCGCCGGCCUGUGUAGCCGGGGACCGACCUGGGCCGGGCAGCCGGAGCCCGGGCCGCGACCCACCAGCGUGCGGCAGCGGGACGGCAUCAGGCACAUUGUCUUGAGCAAUCCAAAGAAUAGGAACGCACUGUCACUGGCAACGCUGAAAUUUCUCCAAAGUGACCUUCUUCGUGAAGCUGAAAGCACUGAUCUGAGAGUCAUUAUCAUUUCAGCUGAGGGCUCUGUGUUUUCUUCUGGGCAUGAUUUAAAAGAACUGAUGGAUGGGCAAGGACAAGAUUAUCAUGCUGAAGUAUUUCAGACCUGCUGUGAGGUCAUGAUGCUGAUUCAGAAUCACCCGGUCCCCGUCAUUGCCAUGGUGAACGGCUUGGCCACCGCUGCCGGUUGUCAGCUCGUUGCCAGCUGUGACAUUGCUGUGGCGAGCAACAAGUCCUCUUUUGCCACUCCAGGUGUGAACAUCGGGCUCUUCUGCUCCACGCCUGGGGUUGCCUUGGGGAGAGCGGUGCCAAGAAAGGUUGCCUUGGAAAUGCUUUUUACAGGGGAGCCCAUUUCUGCUCAAGAGGCCUUGCUCCAUGGGCUGCUCAGCAAAGUGGUACCAGAAGAACAGCUGGAGGAAGAGACCAUGAGAAUAGCAAGAAAGAUUGCCUCCUUGAGCCGUCCUGUGGUGUCUUUGGGCAAGGCCACCUUCUACAAGCAGCUGCCCCAGGACCUUAGAACAGCCUACUACCUCACCUCCCAGACCAUGGUGGACAACGUAGCCAUGCAGGAUGGGCAGGAGGGAAUCAAGGCCUUCAUCCAGAAGAGGAAGCCCACCUGGUCACACUGAGCACGCCUUAGAGAAACAAGGAGUGGGCCCAGAAGGCAGCACUCAGGAAGCCCACCCCUCACCUUCUGACACCCAAACACCACUGCUGCCUCAUGACUGCAACAGAAGACAGCUGCUUUUAUAACAUUAGUAAUGAUGUCACCAUGUUACCAUUAGUAAUAGGUUUCACUGCAUGUGGUCUGUAUUAAUUCUGGGGAAAGGACAGAAUGAAGUCAGAUGUAGAGCUAACUAAGUGGAAGGGCAGUGAGCACCAAUGCCAACCAGCCAGGCUGGAAAGCCUGGCCCUCAACGUGCUCCUGCACAGCACCUACAUGGGGGUCCUCACAAGAAGCAGCAGAGACAAACUGAGCCACAGAAGAAUGGUGCCGGCCUGACUCUGCUCUCAGGAAUGUCCCACAAGGUGGAGGUGCUUUUUGCUGCUCAAGAGAGAGGAAGCAUCUACAAGAUAUUCUCCACACUGAAAAUCUUGAUCCUAUUGAGACUCAUCUUAUAUGAUUUCGGACUAAUCUUAUAUGAUUUUAGAAGUUUAAAAAUUUAGAGAAACUGGUAAUUUUAUCUUCCCAACCAGACUGUAGACUGUCUGAGGGGGGGUGGGGGGGAAAGCUCUACACUAUGCUGAGAGGCAUAUAGAAGGUGCCCAGUGUUUCUGUGAUGAAUGUCCUGGCUGCCCAAGGUGCUGUGACCCCCGGACCCAGAGCCAGCCCUGAGGACAGAAACACAGAGCAGGGUGGGAGGGACACAGACACAUGGUCUCUGCACUGAACCUCACCUGCUCCGACCCAUUUCCAAACUCUGUUGAGGGGCUGGUACAGAAUCUAAACCAGCAUCAGGCGUUCAAGUCUCCCACAGAGCAAGUGUAUGAAUUAGACAUGUUACUUUCUGGCUUUUGGUCCAAUACAGCCCAAGAAAUGUUCUAAAUCUCUUGUCCUCAAGCUUGCAUCUAGGACUGAUCUUUAUUUUUUAAGCCAGUUUCUCUUACUUAGGAGUAGAAUGUACCCAUUAAUGGGAUUAGUUCCACAGUCAAAGACACAGAACCAUCUGGCUCUACUGUGAUUCCCAUUCAGGGCAGCAAGCACUGCUUCGAAGACAUCCCUGGUGUGUGCACAAGCUUCUACUGAGUUUGGUGACUUUUUCUUUGUCAGACUUUAGAAAGGUCAAAAAAAGAGUGUUUUCUUGGGAAGGAGCAGCUCUUUGAAAAGAGUGCCCCUCAUGAGCUGAAAGCACUAGCACCCCGCUGACUGCACACCUGGGCAUGCGAGGUGCCCUCUGUAUAUUCUCACCUAGUCCCCCCAGAACUCAGGGGAGCAGGUCCUGCAUCACCUCCAUCUCACAGGGGAGAGCUGAGCUGACUUUGUCCUGGGCCAAGCAGCUGACGUCAGUAUAGUAAGGUUCCAAAUGCCAUCUGCCUGGUACAGCCAGGGGUGCUCUUUCUCCCAGCCAUACAGCCUCGUGGGGUGGCCUGGGCUGGUGAGGGGCCAGCCUGAAGAAUGACUUUCCUCCUCCAUGGCAGCUUCCCCAAACGGACCAAAUUCUCCUGGCUACAGAACCUUGCCAGGCACAAGGGACAUCAGAUUUGAUUCCUGGCAGACCACUAGUGGAGUUUUUACUAGAAGCUACUAAAGAGCUGGCUGAAGUUGAAGUUGUAAACUAGUUUGUGAAGAAGAGGGCUCUCAGGGUCUGCUCCAAAACCAUGCUGUCUUUGGGUUCAGUUCCACAUCUUCCUUUCUGGGUGGCCCACUAUUUAGGUUCUAUUUGGCAGUUGCCAGAUUGCACAGGAUAGAGGAGAGGGUGUUAUAAACUCUCUGGACUUUGGGGAAAGUAAGAAAGUCUUCUUGCUCAUUUGCAAAUGAAAAUCAAAAGUUAACUUUCCAGCUUCUGUAUGAGCAAGAACUAUACCCUCAAACCAUGAAAUCCUUGGGUGUCUAGACUGGCUUCCCAGCCUGGGAGAUGAUGUGCACACAGGGACUAGUUACAAAUCUCAGUAGUUGCCAGUGAAGAAAAUAAUAUAGAAGGAAAAUCUGCCACCCACCCUCUCAUGUCAUAUAAUUCAUCCCAAGGCAAAUAGGAAUUUUGGAUUAAUUUGUAUCUCUGCUUCCUUCUACAGGGACACUGAGUGAAAAUUUCCUGAUAGACACAUGUGAUGAUUGCUUUUGGAAAGCCAAGUAUAUUCGCCUUUCCCUCUGUACCAUUAGCUUCUCAGGGAGCUUUGCUGUGCUCAGCCCAGCAGGCCACACCCCAGCAUUCAAGGGCUAGAAAGUCAGUGACAUGGGUGUUCACUCGUGCUUGAGGCCUGGAGAACACAGACAGAGUGAACGGCAAGCACCAGCUCCCUGAUUAACCACACCAAAGAAUAUGUGGGGAGUUGCCGUGUAAGAAUAUACAGUGAUUCAAUGAGCUACACUCCUGCCACACAGCCCUAGGCAGGAGCUCGUAUUACCUUCCUGGUAAGAGGAGGCCCAGGGAAGUUUAGGCACUUGCCACAGUCCAGCCAGUAUGUGGCUUUGGAUCUGUAAAACCUGUGCCCCUGACCACCAUACUUGUUCCUCCCAACACACUGGAAAGUUUACCAUUUCAGCCUGGAGUCAGACCACCAAUGAGCAAAAAGGAAACCAAGCAGGAAUGGUAGAGCCAAGGCCACAGUUUGGCCUGCUGGAGGGAAUUCAGGAAAGGCCGUAUUUGCACAUGAACACUGCCGAGUCCUAGUCGCGGGUUUGCCACGAGCUAGCUAUGUGGUGCUGGAGGGGUGGUGGCACUUCUCUGCAUGCCCAGUUUCCCCAUCUAUAAAAAUGACACCACAAGCCAUGCUUAUUCUCUUAGUUCUGACAUUCCAGAUUCUGUAAUACUUGGGUUUGGAAACUUGUCCUGAAACAUGAAACAGGCAGCUUUUGUUCAAAGAAAAUGCUCCUUUCAAGUGCAGAAGAUGGCAUUUUACCUUGAGAAGUGGUAAACAUUGAAAACACCUGAUCACACGAGAACCAGAAACCCAUCACAGAUACUCAGCGCUUUGGAGGCCCGCCUGAGCCAGGUGUCACUGGCUAGGAGGGCCCCACACAGUGCAGCUCUCCGUCACACCCAGCGAGCACCCUUAGUUUUGUCCAGGCGCAUGAUUCAGCCAGCUCCCUCUUCUCUCCUUCCUCUGAAAACCCACUGCUCUAAGAGUAGCAUUUCCAUAGCAUGGCCCAUGGACAGCCUGGACUGUUCCAAGGCAAAUUCCUGAGCUCCUCACCAGACCUACUGAGUCACAAAUUCUGGUUUCUGGGGCCCAAAAUAUGCAGUUAAAACAGAUUCAAGUAAUUCUUCUGCACAUUAACACAUGCAUUCGGGUGGCAGAGAUGGAUCAUUCCAGCAGUAUCUGUAUUUUAAAAGUUGAAGCAGUGUGGCUUUUAUGAUGAAGUUCUGGGCUGUCACUACAGGCUUGCAAGGGACUGUGAUGACACUUGAGCACUUCCAGAAGCCUCCUGAAGUCAUCCACAUAGGCAGAUUUUAGAGCCUUCAGAGGCACCAUGAGCUCAUGCCUUUGGAAACCCCACCCCAUAUCAGGUUAACCAUUAGAAUACACCCAUAUUCCACACUAAAUAUCAUUCUUCUAUUUAGGGAAAGGAGUUGAAUAAUUAGCUUUUAAAAUUAUUUUUAAAUAUUUGAUUUUUAAUGAUUUUUUUUUUUGGCAAUCAUCAAGUAGGCAGGAGUUAAAUUUAACAUUAUUGAAGUUCACAUGUUACAGUUAAUAAAAUACUAAA